AUGGAGUACGACCUGGUCCUGUUUGGCGCCACGGGCUACACGGGCCAGCUGUGUGCAAAGUACCUCGCGGCCACGUACAGCAGCAAGAAGACCGACGGCGAGGUGCGGUGGGCCAUCGCCGGGCGCUCCCGCCCGCGUCUCGAGGCGAUGCGCGCUGCACUGAGCCUCUCGUGCGAUGUGCUCGUCGCCGACACGGGCGACCGCGACUCGAUCGACGCCAUGGCGCGCCAGGCCCGGUGCGUGGCCAACCUGGUGGGACCCUACCUGCGCCUGGGCGGCGAGGUCGUCGUCGAGGCCUGCGUGCGCAACGGCACGUGCUACGUGGACCUCACCGGCGAGACGGCCUUCUAUGCGACGCUCGUGGACAAGUACCACGAGGCGGCGCAGCGCACGGGGGCCAUCAUUGUGCCCUCGGCCGGCUUCGACUCUGUGCCGGGCGAGCUGACGGCCUACCUGGCGGCGCGCGCCCUCCAGCGCAGCGACCCAGACGACGAGAUCGUCGAUGCCUACGCGGGCAUCAGCACUUUCGGCUGGUUCUCCUCGGGCACGCUCGAGAGCAUCCUCGUCAUGGCCAGCGAGGGCCGUGGCGACAUGGUGCGCAGCAACCGGCCCGACUGGCUGAGCCCCGUGCGUGGAGGCCCCAGGCAGCAGAACAAGUUCGAACUCGCGCGGUACCACAGUGCCUUUGCGCGCUACGGUGCCUGGCUCUUCUUUGCGCCCCACAACACCCGCGUCGCCUACCGGGCCUGGGGCCUGGCCCGCACCGCUGCUGCCGACGCGCCCGUGCGCUACUCGGAUGCGUACCAGUACCAGGAGGCCAUCGUGACGCCGCUCUGGCUGCUGACCGUGGUGACGAGCAUCGUCGUCAAGCUCUUUACCCAGUCCCUCGUCCUGUUCCCGCUCCUGCGCGCGGGCCUGAGUGCCGUGCUGCCGCGCAACGGCGGCCCGCCCGAUAUCAUCAACACGCGCCUCGGCUUCAUGGACGUGCGCACCGUCGUCACAACACAAAAGGGCCGCACGGCCGUGUGCCGGCUGUACUCGCGGGGCGACCCAGGCUACUACGUUACAUCACGCAUGCUCAUCGAGACGGGCCUGAGCAUCGCACAGACGCCGCGCGACCAGCUGACGCCCCUGGCUCGUCGCGGCGGUGUCUUUCCCUCCAGCCUCGCUGCGGGCGAGGUCCUGGCGCAGCGGCUGCGAUCCAACGCGCACUUCGACGUGUCCCUGACCUGA